CUCGCUCGCUGCUCAUCUACUCGCUGCUCGCUCGCUCGCUGGCUCUCCCCCGUCACUCUCUUCCUCUCCUCUCGAACGCAACUUUUGCAGAAAUCUCUCCCCCCCCCAACACACGGACAGACAUGUUGAGCUGAGAAGGUCGGGGGAUCGCUCCUGUCCCCCCUCCCCGCCCCCAAGCCCCCAAAUCUGGGGGACCUCCAGCUACCCCCUCCCCCUCCCCACUUGACCCGUUCACUGGGCGACGACCCCCUCCCCUCCCUCCCUCUCUCCCUCCGCCACCCCCCAUCUUCUGUUUUUGCUGCUGCUUCGGCGGCUGGUGCAGCUCCUGGAUGGACUCCUCCGCGCCUUUCCCUCGCCCGCCGCCUUUCUCCGGGAACUGAAGCGAGAUGCAGGAGGCUGGUGGCCGCUUCGGCUGUACGGAGACACACAGGCGCAAGAUGGCAGAUUUCUAUUGAGUUUAAAGGGGCGGCUGGGGGGGGAGCUGAAGUCCUGCUUCGUUUUUCUUCCGUUGCCAUGAAUAACAGAAUUCCUUGCACCGAUGGCUCCCAUGUACGAAGGUAUGGCCUCCCAUGUGCAAGUUUUCUCCCCUCAUACUCUUCAAUCAAGUGCCUUCUGUAGCGUGAAGAAACUAAAAGUAGAACCAAGUUCUAACUGGGAUAUGACUGGGUACGGCACACAUAGCAAAGUCUACAGUCAGAGCAAAAACGUGCAAUCUUCUCAAGCGGCCGCUGCCAUCAAUGCCUCUCUCCAGAUUCCAAACCCCAGCAUCCCUUAUGAGCAGACCAUCAUCUUCCCAGCCAGCACAGGGCACAUUGUGGUGACAUCCGCCAAUAGCACCUCCGGUGUGGUUGCAGUAUCUGGGCAGGCAUUGGGUGGACCACACAACCUGAUGCGUCGAAGCACUGUGAGCCUUUUGGAUACCUACCAAAAAUGUGGACUUAAACGCAAAAGUGAGGAAAUUGAGAACACAAGCAGUGUUCAGAUUAUUGAAGAGCAUCCACCGAUGAUUCAGAAUAAUGCCAGUGGGGCCACAGUAGCCACCACAACGACGUCCACUGCCACAUCCAAAAAUAGUGGCUCCAACAGUGAAGGGGAUUACCAGUUGGUGCAACAUGAAGUGCUAUGUUCCAUGACCAACACAUACGAAGUAUUAGAGUUUCUUGGCCGUGGUACCUUUGGGCAAGUAGUUAAAUGCUGGAAACGUGGCACCAAUGAAAUUGUGGCCAUCAAGAUCCUUAAAAACCAUCCUUCCUAUGCCAGGCAAGGUCAGAUUGAAGUGAGCAUCUUGGCUCGAUUAAGCACUGAAAGUGCAGAUGAUUACAACUUUGUCCGAGCCUACGAAUGUUUCCAGCACAAGAACCACACCUGCCUGGUUUUUGAGAUGUUAGAACAGAACUUGUAUGAUUUUUUAAAGCAAAACAAGUUCAGUCCAUUGCCCCUCAAGUACAUCAGGCCAAUAUUACAGCAGGUAGCCACAGCUCUCAUGAAAUUGAAAAGCUUGGGUUUGAUCCAUGCUGACCUCAAGCCAGAAAAUAUCAUGCUGGUGGAUCCAUCUCGGCAGCCAUAUAGGGUCAAGGUUAUUGACUUUGGCUCUGCUAGUCACGUGUCAAAAGCUGUGUGCUCAACUUACCUUCAGUCCAGAUACUACAGAGCCCCUGAAAUCAUCCUUGGUUUACCCUUCUGUGAAGCCAUUGACAUGUGGUCUUUGGGAUGUGUCAUUGCAGAACUUUUCUUGGGUUGGCCAUUAUAUCCAGGAGCUUCGGAGUAUGAUCAGAUCCGAUAUAUUUCACAGACACAAGGCUUGCCAGCUGAAUAUUUGUUAAGUGCAGGAACGAAGACCACAAGAUUUUUCAAUAGGGAUACUGAUUCACCAUAUCCACUGUGGAGGCUAAAGACACCAGAUGAUCAUGAGGCAGAGACGGGUAUCAAGUCAAAAGAAGCAAGGAAAUAUAUUUUCAACUGUUUGGAUGACAUGGCACAGGUGAAUAUGACAACAGAUUUGGAAGGAAGUGAUAUGUUGGUGGAAAAGGCAGACCGGAGGGAGUUCAUAGAUCUGUUAAAGAAAAUGUUGACGAUAGACGCAGAUAAGAGGAUAACGCCAAUUGAAACACUGAAUCACCCAUUUGUCACCAUGACACACUUGCUUGAUUUUCCCCAUAGCACCCAUGUUAAGUCCUGCUUCCAAAACAUGGAGAUUUGCAAGCGACGAGUAAACAUGUAUGACACUGUGAAUCAGAGCAAGACACCAUUCAUCACCCACGUAGCCCCAAGCACAUCAACCAAUCUAACCAUGACCUUCAAUAACCAGCUCAAUACAGUCCAUAACCAGGCCACCACUCUGGCUCCCACCUCCACCACCAGUGCCACUAUUUCCUUAGCCAAUCCUGAUGUCUCCAUACUAAACUACCAAUCUGCACUCUACCAGCCCUCGGCAGCAUCCAUGGCCGCGGUGGCUCAGAGGAGUGUCCCUCUGCAGACAGGUACAGCACAGAUAUGUGCUCGUCCUGACCCCUUCCAGCAAGCCCUCAUCGUAUGUCCUCCAGGUUUUCAAGGAUUGCAAACUUCCCCUUCAAAGCAUGCUGGCUAUUCUGUCCGGAUGGAGAAUGCAGUUCCCAUAGUCACUCAGGCUGCUGGGGCUCAGCCGCUUCAGAUCCAGCCAGGGCUCUUAGCACAGCAAGCCUGGCCUAGUGGCACUCAGCAAAUCUUGCUUCCUCCAGCUUGGCAGCAACUGACCGGGGUAGCUACUCACACCUCAGUCCAGCAUGCUACUGUAAUUCCAGAGACCAUGGCAGGGACUCAACCACUGGCAGAUUGGAGAAAUACACAUGCUCAUGGUAGCCAUUACAAUCCCAUCAUACAACAGCCUGCACUUUUAACAAGUCACGUCACCCUUCCAGCAGCCCAGCCUUUAAAUGUGGGCGUAGCUCAUGUCAUGAGGCAACAACCAACCAGCACCACCUCCUCAAGGAAGAGCAAACAGCACCAGUCAUCGGCAAGGAAUAUGUCCAACUUUGAGGUAUCCUCUUCUCAGACGAUCAGCUCUCCACAGCGGUCUAAGCGAGUAAAGGAGAACACCCCGCCUCGCUGUGCAGUGGUGCACAACAGCCCGGCCUGCAGCACCUCUGUCACAUGUGGGUGGGGAGAUGGACCGUCUAGUACUACAAGGGAACGACAGCGACAAACAAUAGUCAUCCCGGACACUCCCAGCCCCACAGUCAGUGUUAUCACAAUCAGCAGUGACACCGAUGAGGAGGAGGAACAGAAGCAUGCACCUACAAGCCCCCUGUCUAAGCAAAGAAAAAAUGUCAUCAGCUGUGUUACUGUGCACGAUUCCCCCUACUCUGAUUCCUCUGGCAACAACAGUCCCUAUGCAGUACAACAUCGUGGAGGAAACAAUAAUGGAAACAAUUAUGACACAAAGGGUGCACCAGAAUCUCACUGUAAUGGCAAUCCUCGGACGAUCAUUGUGCCACCACUGAAAACCCAGGCCAGUGAAGUCUUAGUCGAAUGUGAUAGCUUGGUACCAGUCACUACCAGCCACCACUCAUCUUCCUGUAAGUCAAAGUCCUCUAGCAUUGUGACCUCCACCAGUGGUCAUUCUUCAGGGAGCUCAUCUGGAGCCAUUGCCUACAGGCAGCAGCGACCAGGACCACACUUCCAGCAGCAGCAGCCUCUUAAUCUUAGCCAGGCCCAGCAGCACAUUGCGACCGAUCGUACAGGGAGCCAUCGACGACAACAGGCUUACAUCACUCCAACAAUUGCUCAGGCGCCAUAUUCCUUCCCACACAACAGCCCUAGCCACAGCACAGUCCAUCCCCACCUGGCUGCAGCUGCUGCUGCCCACCUUCCAGCUCAACCUCAUCUAUACACGUAUACAGCACCCGCAGCUCUAGGUUCCACAGGCACGGUGGCCCACUUAGUGGCCUCCCAAGGCUCAGCUCGACACACCGUUCAGCACACGACUUAUCCAGCCAGCAUCGUCCACCAGGUUCCAGUCAGCAUGGGCCCUCGUGUCCUUCCAUCACCCACCAUCCACCCAAGUCAGUACCAAGCUCAAUUUGCCCAUCAAACCUAUAUCAGUGCAUCUCCCGCCUCUGUCUACACUGGAUAUCCCCUAAGCCCUACCAAGAUCAACCAGUACCCGUACAUCUAAACACUGGAAUGAGGAAAGCAAAAAGACGCUUCAGCACACAUUGAGAGGAACAAGGCUGCUUUUAUACUGAAGAAUGUCACAGGCAAAUGAACAAUGCAAAUGGGAGGCUCAGACAAAACUUGAACAAAGGAGACUUUGAGGAAGAAGGCAGACAAAAGAAGAUGAGACACGUCCUACACUUUUUAUUUAAAAAAAGAAAAAAAGCUAAAAAGAAUGAAAAAUAAAAAUACAAAAAAAAAAAAUUCUGCACCAAACCACGUAGUGGGAGAAGCAGAAGGACCAUAAUUGUCUGGUCCUGUUUUGGAUAACUUCACCAAGAGACUUUUGCAGAUUAUUUUCAUCUGAUAACAGGAGACUCCAUUUAGGAAUUUGUUGUUCAAACCUUCUAAUACAAAGUUUCAUAGGUGUUUGGGUAUAUUUUUUUUAAUUAAACAAAGAAGCAUACAAAUUAGGGAUUUAUCCAGAAUUUCAAAAGGGUUAUGACUUUGUCUUUGCACUGGUUGCUGUAACCCAAAAUAAAAAAAACAAUGAAAAGUGUGAUGUGUUUUCUGUUGGUAAUGGAAUGAGCAAAAGAUGAGAGCUGUUUUGGAUUCUUCCAGCUCUCCCAAUAAGUUUAGAGGCACUAGAAGUUGGGAGGGUAGAACAACACUGAGCAGAAAACACUAUCUGGUGAAAUCAAAGGCCGUGGGGAAUAUUUGUUCUUAUUCUGAGCAUCCUGGAUAAAUCCCUCUUCUUAAAGGAAAAGUCUUUAAUAAUGUAUGAUAGAAUCUCAACUUCCUUACUUGAAAAUACUUUUUUUCCCCUUUAUUUCUUUGGAUAACCCUUCAUCUUUGCAGUCCAAUCCUAACAUUGCCUGCUCUGGCUGAUUGCUACUUUGGUCAUACCCUUCACAAAGCACAACUAUGUGCUGUUGCUACUGGAACAUCACAGCAGUACAGGGAGCAGAUACACAAUCCCAAAUGUUUAGGAUUGGGUUGUUAGUGUAGAAGUAGAAGUUCUAGCUGGCCCUUGGUAGAAUGUAGCACUAUACAUCCAUACAGCCGUUUUCUACUUUGUGUUAAGCUCCAGUGAUACCAAUAGACUAUUCCUCAAUGUUAUUGCACAAAAAAGUGAUAUAACAUAGGCAUGUAACAAAUGUGAUUGUCCAGGUAUAUAUGUGUCUGCGUGUGUGAGUGUGUGUGCACAUGUGCGCACUGAUGCUGCCUUUUCUUGUGGUGUGGUCCUCAGCACAGCCAUUAUACACUGUCACAGUCUUAGUUUUACAUCAUUCCCUUGUAGUGCCUUACCAAACUACAGUUGCAGUUUUAAGGGUUUACUUCCACUGGUACGCCUAGAAACGGACUGAGGCUGGUUUGAAUUUAAUCUCAGCUCCUUUUUCUCCUCCUCCUCUUCCUCCUUGUGUUUGAUUGCUUUCCUUUUUCCUAGACUUUCAAAAACAAAAUUUUACUCUCUUUCUUGGGUAAGUUGCAAGGGCCAAAUGAAGGCUGCUGGGAGUUUGCUGGAAUGUAACAAUCAGUGGACCUAGGAAAGUUUUUUUUGGUGGGGAGUGGAAUUGAAAUGUCUGGAUGGGUUCUUAGCCCCUAAAGCAGCUUUCCAAGCAGUUCCAUUUUAUUGACUGUGUUAUUAGUUGAAUUUCCUUCCAGGAUGCACAAUCCUCCAUAAUUUUUUACAGGUUCAUAUAUAAAGUAUGAAUAGAAAAGGGGGUGGGGGAGACUCCCAGGCUUGCUUUGGAUUAGUAAUACGUAGUACCUCAUGUUCAAUUGCUAUGUCUAAACUGGGGGUGUGGGGGGGAGUGGGUGAAGGCAAUUACUUGGAAUGAACUUUAUAUAUUUUCACUUGAAAGGUUUCAGAAAUAUGAAAAUAAGAGGUAUUCUUUCUAGAACAUCAGACUCAGGCUUGUGCCAAAAGCUGGUUUGAUUUGGUUUUCUUCUGUUCUUGAGGAGCAAUUGCACUGGGGCUCUUUGACAUGAACUUGGAAUGGACUCUGCUACACUUGUAGCAGGCCUGACCCUGGUUCCCAGGGGUGCAGGUCUGAUCAUGUCUAAGCAAUAUAUUCUGCAUUUAGGAGCUAGUUUGGAAAUGCCACCAUAACUACUAUGGGUUUGAUCAGCUUUCCCCAGCCUGAUGUUCCUUAACCAGAUGUACAUAACUCCUACAGCAUCCUCUUGGCUGUGUUAGUUUGGAAUUCUGGGGGUUGUUGUCCCAAGAUAUCUAGAGCUGGGGGGGAGGGUGUUUUUAUCUGGUGCUUUUUUUACUUUGUCUCAUUUUGUUCUUACUGUGUUUUUCUUAAAAUAACAAUAAUAAUAACAACAGCAAUGUUAACAAUAGCUGACCAGACUCUAUAUCUUCCACACCAAAUUAUUUGCAUUUUUCCCUUUUGUAUAUUCUUUUUAAGAAAGUUUCCAAAGAGAAGUGUUUGUACAAUGAAAAAAAGUAACUAAAGAAUUAGUAGGAUAUUUUAUGAUGACAUCAGUAGGUUUUUUUUGUUGUGUCAGUCCUUACUGUUCCCCCUGCUGAGAUUUACUAGUGGUUUACUAUUAGUGGUUUGAGGUCAAUUGUGAAAAAGGUUGUCUGCCUUUGUAGACAUUCAGCAUGGCUACUAAGCAAAGACCACCAAAUCUGGGCUGCAAAAAUUUGGAGGAUUAUUAUGUGGAAGAAAAGUAUUGGGAUUCUCCUUAUCCCUCUGCUGUCAUUUAGCGGUCAUCAUGACUUUUGCAGCCCAGAAUUGGUGGCCCCAAGUAGCAGAGGCGCCUAUGUGGGGAUUGUGGGGGGAAUGUCAACAAGUCAAUAUGGUGACUGUAACCACGUGAUCAAAGCCCCACCCCUUUUUAACAUGUGUGGCGAUGCAUGUACAGAGGCUGGGCUUCGAUUAUGGGGUUGUCUUUUUUUGACUUCUGUGGACACCCCUGCUAAGAAGUAUUCCAAUUUUUCUGGCUUCAGAAAAGAAGUGCUUAGGCAAUAGGAUAAGAUGUUGGGUUAAGGCAGGUCAGUUAGUUGAGAGAAGAGGGAGGGAUCUUAGAGGUGGUAAAGAUAAAAAGAUAGCUCAUGAGGGGAGUUGACAAGUAAGACAGGCACAGUUGUCAUAUCUGGAAGCGGGCACACUUGCUUCACCAGCAGGAAGGAAGAACUCUUACCCUGAAUACUAAGUUGGACACUAUCAUUUUUCUGAAGUAACCAUUGGAAGCAAACCAGUCUUCUUUUCAGCUAUUUAGAAAUGGAACCUCAUUUUAUUUUUAAUUUUUAAUUCCUCUCUGCUCCUAAGUAUAGUAACGUAAAGGCAUCUGCCUUUCUGAAGAGAACACCUUCUACUGCUUCUCCACUGAAGAAAUUCCCCACCAGCAGCUGGGUCUUAAUAGAAUAGUGUAGAUUCCUCUCUUCCUGUCCAGGUUCAUCUGCCAUGAAAGUUUCAUGCUGCUUAUAUCCUUGAGAGGAAGGAUUUUACCAUUCUAUCCUUGUUGUCGUAUUACUAAUUUUAAUGUGUUAUAAUUAUAAUUUUUGCUUUAAUUGCACUUGCAUUCCUGUGUAUUGUUGUUGUUGUUGUUGAUGAUGAUGAUGAUGAUGUUCUCUUAAUAAGGUAUUCUUUGUUAAGUAAGGAGGGGUUUUUUUCUGUGUCAUUAUCAUCAGUGUGUUCACCCUUCAUGUAGGUUUUGCAGGGAAAGGGAGACACAGGGGUAGACUGAGAAACUUGGAAGGAACAAGAUGUUAACAAGGCUUCUCAAUAUGUGGAUAAGCUAUGGUGAGUUCUGGGCUUAUAUAUAUCUGUCCACACCUCUCAGCAAGAAGGAGAUUAAAUUCCCACCUCUCAGCAAGAAGGAGAUUAAAAAGUACUCUGUUCCUGUUUUAAGUACUCACAAUUCUGUGUUAUGUCCAAAUUUGUUCAAGCUAUAGUUCAUGAGAACAAACUAGAAUCUGAAUUCAUAAUUUGAGUCUGACCUUUUCUUAUUAGUAUAGAUUUAACAUACUAACUAGAGAUUAAAUAUAUCACAGUUCUCCAUUAUGUCCAAAGUAUAGUUCCUUAAGUUUGGAUAUUCUAGGGAACUCUGGUUACUUUAAAAAAGAACAAAAAACAUUUCCAGUCUCUAGCGUGUAAAAGAGGAUUAGACGGAAAGGAGGAAUGUGGGACCCCACAUUUACUUAGGCUUGUUUACAUAGCAGGAAAUCUUGGUUACAUGCCAUAUUGUAGCUUUUAUACAAUGGCAUACCUCUGCAGUUUCUGGAUACACUCUUACUACAUUUUUACCUUUCCAUAAGUCUGUCUUUUUAGGCAUAAACCAAACAAUUGCUAGCUUCAGAAAUGGAUUUAAGAAGAAUGGUACGAGUAUGGAAACCUAGUACAAAUCCUGCACUGUAGAACUUGAUGGAGGAGUUCACACAACUCCCUAAGCCAAAUCCAAGGAAAUUCCAAUACAACUUAGCAUAUUCUGCAGUCCUGGUCACUAUGCAUGUAAAGACUGGCUUAUGUACAAAGUAGUAGUAUAUUAUAAAAACCCAAUCAAUUAGUGCACCUUCUAUAAACCAUGGUUCAGUUAUGAACCCAGCCACUAUCUGAUGAAUCCCUUUGACACUGAAACCCGCUAUUACAAAGUUGAAGUCUCCACAAUUCUGUAAUGAACUCAAGAUGCAAGUACUUGUAGUUUGCCACUUUAGAAGUGCAAUGGGGGGGGGGGGAUUUCUAUCAACAGGCAGAAAUGAAAUUUAUGAAGCCAGAUAAAGAAAAUCCUUCGUCUAAUGUUGGCUACUCAAACCUGAAGGACCCAGAAAUCCAGUCUAAGUUUUGGUAUGUAGCACUGCUCAAAAUUAAGAGUUGCAGUUUCCAUUUCCUCCUUCCCAAACUGUUUUCUGUUUGGAAUUACAAACUUGAAAAUUACUUACGAUGGAGACUUUUUCUGGCUGCAUAAUGUGAUUAUAUUUAUGUGUUAAAUAAAAAGUCAUCCUUUUUUUUUUAACUUGUAAACUCUCAUUACUUGGGAGAGCAUGUUCCUAGACUGCAACAUUUGGGCAUAAUAUUUAUAUUGAUAUAUAAGUGAUUAGCUGAUAAGUGAUUAGCUGAUUAGCUUCUGGCAGGAAAACUUUGAAGAGCUGGUCAAUGAUUUAUUUGGCAAAGUUUUAUUUAAAUAUUUUACUUUUUUAAAAAUGCGCCACAAAGAGGCUCCACUUUUUCAAGGUACAUAAUUAUUCUUAUAGCAAAACAUGGAAAAAUACAAAGAGAGACAGAAAAUGAAUGAGUUCGGAAAAAAAACUCUUUGUUGAUACUGGCACAAUUGGAGGGUGGAUUGGUUAAGAGGGACAAGUGAACAAAAUAAACAUACAGAGAGAACUUCAUAUUAGCCUUCUGCAACCUGGUGCCUUCCUAAUGAAUUGGGACUGCAAUGUAUAGAUUUCUCCUUCAUCAGGACAGAAAUAAUAUGGACAGUUUCUUACAUGGAUUGCAGUCCUAAAACAAUUGAAGAUUCCAGAGUGUGAAAGGCUAUCUUUAGAAUGCAUUUUUUAUAGAGGAAGAAGAUGAAGUGCCAUUUUUCCAAGCUUGGAAAAGAUCAUAAAGCACUACAAUGUUUUGAGAUAGAAAAGAAUGAAAGCUUAUAUGUGCUUAAUAUGAGACCACAGUGUCAACUGCAAGCAUACCCAGUCCAGUGUUGAUCAACUAUAGCUCACAUCCCCCUAGCUAGUAUAGCCACUGGUCAUGCUGAUUCAGAUUGAUGGGAAGUAUUAUCAAAUAGAGGGCACUAAAUUGAGGAAGGCUGGCAUAGCAUGAGACUGGCAUUGCACAGGCCAAACACAAGCUUGUGUGAUAUGUGUCUGAUUGCACGGAUUAUAAUUUCCAAGGGGACUAUAUACCCUUUGACUUUUUUCUGAAUCGAUGGAGGAAGCUGAUUAAAAUCUGAGAAACUAAGCAACAACAUCAAGCUAUCUGGAUAGCCACAAAGAAGCCUAAGGCUGCAAUUUGAUAAGUCUUGAUGUCAGAGCAUUGAUAAUUGAAUUGAAGGUGACUUUCGGUUGGGUAGGCAUGUUAGCCAUUGCAUUAUAAAAUUGCCUCAGCAUCUCAAAGAAGAAAUGGAUUAUAGUGGCAUUUGUUGGAAGACAGCAUCCUUUAAAAUGUUAGCACAGAGAAACACUAGACCAGUGUUUUUUCAAACUUGGCAACUUUAAGAUGUGUGGACUUCAACACUCAGAAUUCUGGGAAUUGAAGUCCACACAUCUUACCAGUUUGAAAAAACACUGCCCUAGAAUCUUUCAUCAGUGUCAAAAAGGGAUGGAGAUAACCGGAUACAAGGGUAUUUUCUUUAAGUUUUAAAGUUUUCUGUGCAUUUGUGUAUGUGGGGGGGGGGGUGUUUCCUGAUACUAUUAAUAUUAAAUCUGAGUGCUGGUAUGUAAUGGAUGAGUCAUUUGCAUAAUAAAAUGAAGUGAUGGAUGAUAGACCUCUGUCCCCAUGAUUAUAUCAACAAUAUAUCAUCGUUUAUAAGAAAUAGGUCCAGUUUCAUAAAUCUGGCUGUGCACCAGAUUUAAAAUAUUCCAAACCUGAUACUUAUUUUUUCUUCUUUAAUAGUUGUGUCAGAUAGUAGUUCAAUAGAAAGAGCAUUACUUUUGCUCACUAUUUUCUUUCACAGUCUGAUGUAGCAAUACCUCAGAAUUUGGCUUGAUGGAAACAAUGAUUUGCCAACAUGAAGGGAAAUUAAAGACUCAUGCCUUUCUUCAGGCAAAUAAAAUUUCAGACAAGACAAGAGAUACAAAAAUCAAAUCAUGCUUCAGCUUGCUAAAGAGUUCAUUCAAAAUCUGGGGGCCCGUGGCAUGAUUUAGGAGGCAUUUUUUUUUUUAUGUCUUAUUUUUGUUUUCAACAUAGAUUGCUUUGUAGUAUUCAGUCAUACUCUGUGCUGCUGUCUUAAAUUUUAGUCAUGGUUUGAAGGAGAUAAAAAAACUGCUUGCUGUAUUAUGAAUAACAUUUUAUUAUCCAUGACAGCAGUGCCAAUUUACUAAACUGCCCAUCAGGGAUAAAUUUUUGCAAAUUCCUUUUGUUUUUGCAAAGUGCCCCUUCCAUGUCUUAGUACUAAUCAGGGUCUAGGUUGGACACAGUAUGGAAGUUAGGGCUAAGUGCAGAAAAUCAAUAAGGAAAAUAGUAUCUGGUGCUGAGGGAUUAUAUCCUGUGUCCUUCAGUAAGAGAAUUUACUGAGGAAGACAUCAUUUUCUACUCCUGCCAAUUUAAGGGACAUUGUAACACUAAGUCUGUUGAGCUCCAUUCUUCUAUGUCAGGCUUGUACACCAUAGAUUACUCCUACCAUUAUGCAAGUCCCUUCAAUCAUCUCUGGAGACAAGAAGAAAUAUGACACCAUUCCAUGGGGCUGUUGGGUCCCCUAGGCCUUUUUGUCUUUUGUUUUUAUUUGGUUUCUGCUUAUGGGAAAGAAACUGUCUUGAGCCAUCUGUGCAGUUCCUACUCUGUGUUCCCUAAGCCUGUGGGAAUCUUGAUUUUACAAGUGCUUAACCAACUAUGAUUCAUAGUCAUCUGAGAAGUUGUGUUCCAAGGAACUGAUGCAGGCCUGCUGUAGUCCUGGGCUAAGGAUGGAUGGAUAGCUGGGUGGGUGGAUGAUGGAAACCAGCCUUCUGAUUAUUCCGCUGGGUCUAUACCUUUGAGUGGCUAGAUUGUGUUGUGUUUUUUCUUUAAGUCAUUGUAAGAGUUUAUUGGUUCACAGCCCUUGGCUAAAAUGAUUGGGCUCAUGUCGAUCUUUAGGUGGUAGUACCCUAUGCCAUGGAAAAGAUUAUGCACAUGCCAAAUGUCAGGUGUCUGUGAUAUUAUCAAGAAAUUUCAAGCUGGACAAGUGAAAGGGUGAUAACCAGUGAAUGUAAAAAGAAAAACCUCUUACAGCAGAAGGAAACACAUAUGUAGCAAGUAUGUUAGAUGGGCAAUUAGUAGAAAUUGUCAGGAGUCUCUGAUACUUUUCUAGCUAUAGCAAAUAAGAGUGAACCUUCUUUUCUUAUGUACGGGUUAGGAAUGUCCUUCCACUCUUAGCAGUGCUGCUAUAAUAGACUUUACAUGUGCAUAUUAAAGAAAAAAGCUGUACAUUAAUCUUUUGCUUAUUAUAGUUAAGAAAGGCAAUACAUAUUUUUUCCAAAUAUGAUACUUUUAGUGCACUGAUAAAUAUUGUGACCUGUAAUCCUAACUUCAGCUGUUGGAGAAGCUGCUUGCUAGUUCACACCCAAAUGUCUGUCUGUGUGUGUGUCUGUGUGUGUGUGCACGCGCACGCAUGGUAGCUAAGGGCAUCUCCUUCCUCUUGCUCUUUCCUGAAAGAAAUGGGGUAGUGUUGCAGAAUGGAAUCAAAAUGUUUAUCUCACCAUGAAAGCAAAGUGAAGGAGUAAUUGAGGUGCUAGGAUUCAACCAAUAGCAACAGUGACCUGUCUGUUUUUAAAUCAGUAAAUUAUGGCUAUAUUUGAGAUACAUUGGUCUGGAAUGUCAGAAGAUAUAUUCAUUUGUCAUCCCUGUUUUAGUUUUAACUCAUUCGCUAGUUUUUGUGUAUUUUUAAAUGUUCUCUUCUUUGCUAUGGUUCUAGAAUAUCUAUGCUCUGUGACUUCACCGAAAGCAAAUCUCCCUGUUGUGGAUUCUGGUCUGAGCUGGUUAAACAGGGAUUCCAGAAUCCAGACACUUUGUUUUAUGUAAAAAGAAGGAUUAAUAUACUUAACUUACAAAAACUGUGACCUAGUGGCAAUACUUACCUCAAAUGUGGGCAUUUAUCUUGGUUUUAGCCUUUUUUCUGAAAACAUGUAGCCAGCCUGAAAUUUCGGAUUUAAAAAAAAGUAUCUGUAUGGGCAGAAUAUGAUAAAUGCCUGCCCUGGUCAUCUUGAAUAAUCUUUAAAAAUAAAAUGAUAAAACCUAGGCUAAAAUUAGUCUUUUAUGUGUUUUAAUUAAUUGUGACAUUAAAAUGCACAUGUAAGUAGGUUAUGUUCAUAGCUACUGUAAAGAGCUUCAGCUUUUUGAAGAUAUUUAACGAAUCGCCUUUUAAACCAAUAUGAAUUAAACAACAAUCUGUAUUUCUGGCUACAUUUUAUAGUUAUAGUAUUUUAUAGUUUACAUUUAAACUGGUACUUUCUAACUAAAUGUUAUGUUUUUAAUAAUAUCUUCAGAAUCUUAACCCCACUAUCCUUUACUUUUUUUAUUUCCCCUUUUAAAAACAGAAGUAGAAAAGUGUCUUUAAUAUGUACAUUCUGUUCUGAGAUAUAACAUAGUAGCAGAAAGUCAGAUCAAAUAAAAUAAUUUCAAAGUUUAAUUUAAAAAAAUCACUCCAUACAUGUUAAAAAUAUAGUCCAAAAGAUUACGUAUUUAUUUUUGAAUUAACAAGAAAAUAAACUUUUGGGACUGAAUCUGGAAGCACAGUAAUUCCCAGUCAUUUCACAUGUAAGAUGCAAUCCUAAGUACAUUUAUAAAUUAGUAAAUCCUGAUAAACAUGUGGGAUUUGCUGCUGGGUAAACUUAUGCAUGGUUAGACUGUCAAGAUCCUAAAUCUGAACAAAAAUACCUGUAUGAUGAGAAGAAUGAAUAUGCAGAGCAAGGGAUGUAUUUUACUGCUGAGUGACUCUGGGCUCGUUCACACCAGUAUGUUAAAAUUUGUGUUUAUGAGUUUCAUAAUCAUGUGAAGCAAAAUUGUACACUUAGAAUGAUCUUGUAAAAAUGGCAAUCAUGGAUCACAGGUGCAUUAUGUUUGGCUUUUACUGAAAAUUUUGGAAGCACUGCAUCAUUCCACAUCCCAGCAGUAGCCUAUUAUACAUGAAAAUCUUUCAGUGUAGGAAUAGUCAUUUCUAUAUCCCACUCAUGUGCAUGUUCACAGUAAGGAAAAUGUGAUGAAAUCCUCAAAAUAUGAACUAUGAAUUCCUGAGACAAGCUCUUGGGCUGCUUUGAGAAGCAGGAACAGGCAGUGCUUAAUUUUGACAUCCAUUUAUCUCUCCUAAAUAAAUUAUACUUGUCACUCUAGAAUCUUAAACUAAAUAUAAACAAUUGGACCAGAUUCCUUGUACAUUUAGUUGCCUGUUGUCCAAUGACAGUAUAUACAAUGCUGUUUCCAUUUAAUGGUUGUAGUGAAUUAUAUAUUUGAGUGUAUACAGUCUGUUGCUUUCUUCUUUUUUUCUCCUUUAUGCUUAUGGCAGAGGAAUGAAUAUAAAUGUAAAUCUUCUGCUGGCCAAGAGGUAUUUACAGAAGUAAAUAUGCAGGAACCAGCAUGCGAAUAAUUCUGUCUGAACAGCUAAGCUUAGUUGUGAAGUUAACAAUCGUAGUAAAGUUCCUUGUAUUCUUCACAUGGCAGAUUAACAAGUUAUGGUGGAAAGGGAGAAGUUCAUUGCUUUUUGGCCUGACCAAAAAUCAGUAUUUCUAAUGGCAGACCUCAGCCCCCUUUCAAUAAAUUCAUUUAAAGCCAUGGUAUCUACACUCUAGCUCACAAUACCAAAGCAAAUAUUGGCGUACAGCUGUGCCACCAUUUUAAAGAAGCAAAAUGGGAGGCCAUUUAUGAACACAGGCCUUAAGACAAUGGAAGGAUUCAGCUUCUAUAGCUCUUGAGCACAACUACUAACAACCCACCCUUCUUACUUCUUAGCUAAGAGAUACUUGCUCUAUCAGUUUUGCGUUUUUUAAUGGCACUUCUUGUGCCAAAAUUAUAUACAAAAACGUGCAGUCUCAAAAUUCUGUACCAAAAGCUCUCCCCCACCCCCAAAAAGCAAAUAAGACAAUAGCUUUAUUACAAAGGGGAGAAAGAAAGGAGGUUUCAUUGUCAGUUGAAGUCUAUAUUAUUGUAGUUAUAGGAACACAAAAUAGGGAAGACACUUGUGAAUAUUUGGGUUCUUCUAAUGUAAUUGAGAGGAUUUUUUAUACUGAUUUGUUGCCCAUAAGCCAAAUAGCUCCAAGAAAACAUUCUACGUGAGAGAGGGCAUAAAUUUGGAAACUAUUUACAAACACAAAGAAUAUGCAUCUCCCCAUCUUCUACCUGUUUGAUAUGUUGAAGAUUUCUUUUCUUACAUACAAUACCAUCUCAUCUCCAAAAUUCCAGGAAAGCCCUGAUUUUUGACUGUAUGGUUCUGUAUUGAGUGUUAAUCCAUGUUAAAACUUAGUGAAAAUUAUUGUGUGCAACAGUAUUUUCUUGUGUAUUGCAUUUUUUCUUUUAAUUUUCUGUGAAUUGUCCUCUUUUUUCCCUUUCUUUUUCUUCUCUUUUUUCCCCCUUUUGUUAGUAUUUUUCCCUUUCUGGUAAUGUCUUUGAGAAAAAAAAAACAGAAGAAACUGACGUGUCGUAGAAUUAUAUGUAACCUAUUCCUUAGUCUCAUAUUAUAGGUAUGUUAUAAGAAUGGAUAUUUUACUUGGCUUUAGAAUGUUUUACAAAAAACCUAAUUCUUAACCAAUCAAGUUCUUGCUACUAAAAAAAAAAAUCUUGUGUUUCUCAUCAUGACGUUGUGUGCUUCUAAUUAAUAAUCAUUUUCGUUGUAGAAAAAUGGAGUGAAUUUAUAUUAGACUUGAAAACUAAUAAUAGCAUUGUAAAUUUAUGAAAUGAUUUUAACAGAAAAAAGCAUUAUAGAAGAUAUAGUUAUUUUAAUUGUAAUAUUACUAACUGUAGGGUGGAGAAGGGGGUCCCGUUGUGAUGAACGAUGUUAUAGCUUGUUAUUCACAGUUUCUUUUUGAUCAUUUUUUCGGUCUCUGAGGUGAAACGAGUUAUUAAUCAGAAUUUGUAAACUCACAUAUGCAUAUUGUAUAUGUGUAGAAAUGUAAUCACACUUUGUCUUGGAAUUACAUUAAACUGUUUUAAGUCAC